UUGGAGGGGGCGGGAGCCAGCACCCAGGUCCCCGCCCUGCUCCUGGCACCCAGGCCUCUCGCAGGCCUUGCCUGGGCUCCCUCAGGCCCUAGGCAGGAACAUCGGGGGCCCUGGAGUGACCCCCACGUCCAUUACACCCGCUGGGGCUGUGCGGGCCCAGAGGGGCGAUGUCACCUUGUGGUCUGUGAGGCACCCGUCAUGGCCAGGUCCCUGACCCGGGGCUGCUGUCCCUGGUGUCUGACGGACGAGGAGAAGACUGCGGCUAGAAUCGACCAGGAGAUCAACAAGAUUUUGUUGGAACAGAAAAAACAGGAACGCGGGGAACUGAAACUCCUGCUGCUGGGACCUGGCGAGAGCGGGAAAAGCACCUUCAUCAAACAGAUGCGCAUCAUCCAUGGCGCUGGCUACUCCGAGGACGACCGCAGGGCUUUCCGGCCGCUUGUCUACCAGAACAUCUUCGUCUCCAUGCAGGCAAUGAUUGACGCCAUGGAUCGGCUACAGAUCCCCUACAGCAGGCCUGACAGCAAGCAGCACGCCAACCUGGUGAUGAGCCAGGAUCCCUAUAAAGUGGCCGCGUUUGGAAAGCCAUAUGCAGUGGCCAUGCAGUACCUGUGGUGCGAUGCUGGCAUCCGCGCAUGCUACGAGCGCAGGCGUGAAUUCCACCUGCUGGACUCUGCUGUGUACUACCUGUCACACCUGGAGCGCAUCGCUGAGGACAGCUACAUCCCCACAGCGCAGGACGUGCUGCGCAGUCGCAUGCCCACCACAGGCAUCAAUGAGUAUUGCUUCUCCGUACAGAAAACCAAGCUUCGCAUCGUGGAUGUUGGUGGCCAGAAGUCGGAGCGUAAGAAAUGGAUCCACUGCUUUGAGAACGUCAUAGCCCUCAUCUACCUAGCCUCGCUGAGCGAGUAUGAUCAGUGCUUGGAGGAGAAUGACCGGGAGAACCGCAUGAAGGAGAGCCUGGCACUGUUCAGCACAAUCCUAGAGCUGCCCUGGUUCAAGAGCACUUCGGUUAUCCUCUUCCUCAACAAGACAGAUGUCCUGGAGGAGAAGAUCCACACCUCACACCUGGCCACAUACUUCCCCAGCUUCCAGGGUCCCCGGCGGGACGCCGAGGCCGCCAAGACUUUCAUCAUGGACAUGUAUGCGCGCGUGUACGCAGGCUGCGCAGAGCCCCACGACGGCGGCAGGAAGGGGUCCCGCGCGCGCCGCCUCUUCGCACACUUCACCUGUGCCACGGACACGCACAGCGUCCGCAGCGUGUUCAAGGACGUGCGGGACUCGGUGCUGGCCCGGUACCUGGACGAGAUCAACCUGCUGUGACACAGCCCGCCCGACCUCAGUUUACCCGCGGGGCGGGGCCCGGGCGUCCCGCGGGGCG